AUGGAAAAAAGUGUCACAUGUGUCCAGCAGCAGAACCAUGUGUGUCGUCUGCAGGACGCACACACGACCUUCUUGAUCCGAGCACCAGGAGCCGUCCUCAGCCCAGAGACCUUUGAUGGUUCUCUACAGAUCCACACUCAGCACCAUCUGCAGAAGAGUCUGCUGCAGCUCACUCAGGGCGUCCACACUCACCUGGUCUCCAUCUCCUCCAACUGGGAGAAGAACAUGAAGGACAACUAUACCAACACCCUGCACGGCCUGCUGGCCCACCUCACAGAUGUGCUGUACACAGAGGAGGGCUCCACAGUCCUGUACAUCCCUUUGGAGGGUCUGCAGCGCAGCCCAGAGGAAGCCUCCAGAGACAAGAAGCUGGUGCAGAGGAUGGAGAAUGUGUCUGUGGUGUUCCAGAUGUGUCUGUGGUGUUCCAGAUGUGUCUGUGCUGUUUCAGAUGUGUCUGUGCUGUUCCAGAUGUAUGUGUCUGUGCUGUUCCAGAUGUGUCUGUGCUGUUCCAGAUGUGUCUGUGGUGUUCCAGAUGUGUCUUUGGUGUUCCAGAUGUAUGUGUCUGUGGUGUUCCAGAUAUAUGUGUCUGUGCUGUUCCAGAUGUAUCUGUGCUGUUCCAGAUGUGUCUGUGUUCCAGAUGUGUCUGUGGUGUUCCAGAUGUAUGUGGUGAUCCACUGGACAGACCAGAUAAAGAGGCUGUUGAAUGCAGAGGAGGUGACCAUAGUGAGCGGCUCAUGUGGUCCUCUGCAGGAGAUCCAGAUGUGGAGGAGCAGAGCAGAGAAACUGUUGGACAUGAGUCGCCAGCUGCAGAAGCCUGAGGUCCAGCACAUCCAGGACGUCCUGCUCCUGUCCAAGUCUCUGUACGCCCAGCGCUUCUGCAAGCUGGCCCUGCAGAUACAGACGUCAUCUGUGCAGGCCCAGUCCAACCUAUCCUUCCUGUCUGUCCUGGAGAGCCCCUGUGCAGAGCUGUCCUCUCUGAGCCCGAGGCAGGUCCCUCCCAAGCUCCAGAACAUCAUCCACCUAAUCCACCUCAUCUGGCUCCACUCAGACUACUACAACACCAGCGAGCGCAUCACGGGCCUCUUCCACAAGGUGAGCCCAUGUGAGCAUCACGGGCCUCUUCCACAAGCCCCACGGACUAUAACCACCGUGACACGGAGGAGGGCUAGUGAGGAGGUUGGAGUCUCGGAGACUUUUGGUGAAAUGGAACUCUGA